AUGUCUGCCAACGAGGCAGAAGCUCAGAAGGCUGUUACUGCGGCCAUAGCGUCGGCAGGAUCUAACUCAGUGAGUCAGAUGGUAGAUGUCGGCCUUUCCUGUCAAAGAAAGCGUCUUGAGAACCGUGAAAUAAACACAACACAGUUAGCUAGAGAGGAGCAAGAACGCGCUGCCAAAAAUGCAAAACAGCAAGGCAAAACUACUUAG